AUGCUCUCUGGCUACGAGAUUUCACGUGCCGCGGCGCAGGCCGGCGUGGCUGCGGAAGACAUUCCCAGCCUGCUGCGACACCUAGGCGUCGGCCCCGGAGGCCUGGCCGUGGAUGCUCUGUCAGACAUCUUGCUGGGACAUGUGGCACCGUCGGCACCGGCGGGGCCCAAGCAGAGGCCGUUGCCGAAGGUGGCCGUAAGCACGCCCACGGAGCAAAGGCUGAUCCCCCAGCCAAGCAGGUUCCUCCAGCUUGUGCAAGAUGCAAAGAACCAAGCCGAUUACAAGGUGCAAGUCCUUCAAUUCCUGCAAAGCUCUCCAGGGGAUAAUCUUGAGCAGAAGGAGACCGAUGCCGUUGCAUUCUGCCUCUCAAUACCUGCAAGAGACCUGUACAGCAUCGUGGACGGCUUUGGCUCAACCGUGCUGGUGCUUGCUUGCAGACUCGGCAUGCAGCAACUUUUUCAAGUAAUUCUGACGACUUCCUCAUCAUCUCAGGAGCGCAACACCUUCGUGAACAAGGCCAACGACAUGGGAUGGACCCCUCUACUCCUGGCAGCACAAAACGGAUACCAUCUCAUGUGUGAAGAGCUUCUUUGGGCACAGGCCGAUCCCAAUCUGCCCACAGAAGGCACGCGUCUAUCCCCACUGACAUUGGCAGCUUCUUAUGGCCAUGCUCACACCGUCCGGCUCUUGCUGGAUCUGGAGUGGACCAGACCGCCUACUAACCGGGCUCAUCCCUGGAUGCUCUCUUCCGACGGGCGUUCGGCUUUGCACUUCGUCCGGGCACGACUGCAGUGCCGGAUGAAACUUGUGGACGAUGGAGAAGAUCAACGGCUGGACAGCUACAGCGUCAGAAAGCCGCGGCACGCGGAACUUCCUGAGGACUACAGCAACAUUGAGCGAAUGCUGGUCGCAGCAAUGCGUGUGGUGCCACCGCCACCCGGAUUCGAAGCGGCCGUCCAGGACGAGUACUUGGACGUCGGUGUCUGGAAUCAGAUCCUUGAGGAGUUGGAUCUUUUGCGUCGGGAGGUUCCUGUGCAGAAAGGCCGCUGA